AUGCCGCGCGGCGUGGGCGUGGGUGGCUUCUGGGCGCUGCUGUCAUGCGGCCUCGCGGCCCUGUGCGCCCUGGGUCUGCUGUCGCCAGCGUGGAUCGUGCCGCCCGCAUCCCGCGGCCCCAAGACGGCCCCCCCGCCGCCUCUGGGCCUGCUGGGACCCUGCCUGGCCCCCACCCCGCGGCCCUGCGCCCCCUUCGCCCUCGGGGGCCUGCGCAGCUUCGGCGACAUCCCGGCCAGCGCCUGGCAGACCAGCACCGUGCUGUGCUCGGGAGGCUGUGUGCUUCUGGCCCUCAGUGCCCUGCUGGCCGUCAUCUCUGUCUUCCUUCCCAGCGGGCUCUUGGAGAGGCGAGUCUGUGCCCUGGCUGGAUACAUGCAGAUGGCAGCAGUGUUCAUCAUGGCCUCGGGGCUCCUGGUCUACCCUUUGGGCCUCAGCUCAGCUUCUGUGAAGAACUCUUGUGGGAACACUGGUGUCUACAAUGCCGGGAUCUGCCAGAUUGGCUGGGGCUACACACUGGCCAUCGUGGGGGUCAUGCUGUCAGGCUUCUUGCCCUUCUUUGCAAAGUACGCGCCCAAAGAGCACAUCUCACCAACCCCGAUGCCCGCUAUUUUAUAGCAGCUGUUACCAACAAAAGGACAUCUUAUCUCAAACAAAGGGGCAGAAGAUAUAGGAGUAUUCUUUUUUUUGCUUUAUUGCUAAAACAAACACAAUGGAAACAAGGGGGUCUGUUUCAUCACCCCAAACUGCCCUGACCGUCUUCCAUCAGCAGGAGUGCCUAAGUCUGGGGUUGCAGUAGAACUCCUGAGAAUCCAAGGAGCCUCUGUUCUUCUCCAGGCAGAGAUCCCAGCCACAAGGGUCAGGCAAACCACACCUGUCUAGCCUCAGAGGGCAGCGUCUACCUCCCAGUUUCUUUUAUGUCGCAAACACAGUCAAUCUUUUUUAAAAGUAAUUCAUUUUCAUUGGUGAGUAGAUAUUAAAUUCUUUUAUAAACCCAGUUAUGACUACCAUCAGGGUGCUUUGUCAUGUCUUAAGAAUAAAUUCUCUGGAUAGCUAAAAGGAACCAUGUGUUGGCCAGAAAGAAGCCCCCUGGAUUAUGCAUGGCCAGAUAGAGGCAGGUGGGUCUUGGAAAUACAGAUUGAUGGUCUAGAAAGGCCCACCUGCUCUUCAUUUCCCAGGCCUUAGAGCCAUGGGAGACCUGAGGGGCCAUCUGAUCAUCUUAUGGAUGUAGCAAAGCAAGAUUCAAACCCAGGUCUGCUGACUUCAUAAUCAAAGGUUCUUACCAUUCUAUCAUGCUGUUUUCCAAUUGGUUAUUUUGAAAUUUUCCUUAAAAAGACUUCACGAAUUAUCUCUCUAGGUUAAAUAUUGGCAUUAAGUAGAACAAAAUGGAACAGCCAGAGAUUUGCCUGAUGUCGUGUAGAUUUGCUUGGGACCGACUUGAAAGGUAUUAGGACAAAAAGGCUGCCAUUUUCAAGAGAUGGGAGAGAUUUUCUAAAAACACAAACAUCUUUCCAAUAGUGUUAGAACAUGGGCCUCUGCACAUCUGUGCUGACCACCAUGUGUGUGCAUGUGUGUGUGUGUGUGUCUGUGUCUGUGUCUGUGUGCGUGUGUGUGUGUGAUGGCUGCAUUAUCUAAUCUCAAGAAAUCUUAAGCAUUUUUGAGGGUCUCAUCUUUGUAUGGAAUCACAUUGGUUUUUCUAUUGCAGGAGAGUCCAACAAAUACACCAUUUGCCUUAACCAACAGAGGACUUGGGUUCCAAGCUUAUUCCAUUGCCACAUCUCAUUGGGGAAAAAGAUUUGUGGUCCCAUGUAUGCCUGUCUUCAUAGUAAUUAACAAAGAAUGACCUAUGAUCUAUUUUAAUGCUAACCAGAAAUCUUGUCCGAUGAAUUUUUGAGAUGGUGAGUGGUGCCUGUGAUUGGAGCCAUCAAAUCCAUCGUCACAAUUAACAACUUUUCUGAGUCCUAAAUGGGUUCUUUGUUAAUUAUUUCUUGUGAAAAAUGUACUUGAAGGAAACCAGAGGAAAUGUUAGGGAAGGACGGGGCCACUAAACAGAGAAAAACCUCACUUGGGAAUAAAGUAAUAGAGGCAGAUGCAUUUUUACCAGUAGAGCUUCCUGAACCCUUCAGAUUUCAAACUGAAGAAGAGAAUUAUUUUGAGCACCAUUUUAAGGGGUGUUCUCAUGAACACCCAGGGGCAUAUUGUUCAUAUUGGGUAAUAGAAGUGAAAGGAAAUUAUGUGGUAAAAAGGAGAAACAUUCCGGGGAGUCUGGUGACUCCCCAGAGUCACCAGACCCACCCAGAGAAGGGCUGUGCCACAUGAGUGAGGAGCAGGAAGUCUGCAGUGAACCCGAGGACACACACAUGCACACAGACCCACGCCUGUGUACAUGCACACAAACGUGCACACACCCACACAUGUGCACGGACAUGCACGCAUAUGCAUCCCAUCUUUCUUCAGGUGCAGUCACAGCACAUGACACAUUCUGGGCUCUUGUUUUCAGAGUUGUUGAAUGAUGUGAUUAGGAGCCCAAAAGGUGGGGAAGAGGCAAGAGGAAGGGGAAUAAUGAUGGAUGUCAGGUUAUUUCCCUCGUGUUUCCCUUGUUAGGAAAGAGAACCUUGUUUUCUCAAGUCCCCUAGUCCAGAAAAACAAAGGUGAUGUUUGGGGGUCUCAUUCAGAAGGAUGCUACUCCUUCUGCAGGUCUGGAUUAGCUGAGAAUCUGCCCCUGCUCCUAGAAAGGGCAAGAGAAACAAACUUUGAUUCCCUGACCGGUUUGUGCCUUUCCAGUAGAAUCUAUUCAUUCCUGUUUUCGAAAGCGACAAAACCAUCCUCAGCCGCCGAGAAUGGUGGAUGGAGAGCAGCUGACGCCCCAGCAUCCUGUGGGAUUCCUCCUGAUAGCGAGCAAAGCGCAGUGUUUACACUGGUCGGGAAAAGUGAUUUAUUAGCACAAGAUCAGCUACCGUGCUGACAUAAGAAAUCCCGAAACAAGUAAGCUUGCCUUUGGUAAGCUUCACAGAUGUUGAUUCCUUGAUAAUUACAACUGAGCUUCUCUCGAAUGUUAGUGUACCCAACGACUUCUCGCACAUGAUGUGGGAAAUCUCAAUUUUUCAAAAUGUAAAGUCAACUUGCAUAUUUCCGGUUUUGAAUAUUUGUGCAUUUCUAAAACCAAUGCUGCCAUUUAUCUCACUAAAUUUUUCAAAGAAAAUAUUCUUAAUUCAACUAAUCACAUGUUGAUUAAUGCUGAUAAAUCACUUUUUAAACAAAUCAUAUUUAUAAGUUGAAUUGCGCCAACUGUUUCUUUUUAUUUUUUUAAACAUGAAACUUACUGGUUCAGGUUCAAAUUCCAGGGUUGUUUUUUCUAAAUUAAAAAUUGUUUCAAGUGUAACUAAACCAUGUACUGUCCAUACUGUGUUUCUGCAUUAACUCGAUGGCCACUUUGGGGAUGAGGACACUUUUCUGUGCUUGUUGAACGAAUAUUUGAGGUGUUGAAAAUACUGGCAUCUUCCAUUAGCCAACACUGUAAAAUAAAACACGUCGCCUUGUUCACUCUC